AAUCUGCGCCGGUGUCGGGUGGAUUCUGCUAAAAAAUCUGAAAAUACAGGGUUCCGCGGUUUGCUGGUUAAAAUCCUCGAUAAGAACGACCGCGACGCAAGAAUGCUGACUGCCGGACAUCUGACCCGUGACAAACUAGCCUUAUACAGCGGCCACGUAAGACUGUCCUACAACAUUUCACGAUCUCUCUCCGGCGUAGGAACAGCGCCGUGGAUUUCUAACCAGGUCGUCGAGAAAAGCUAUAAUCUCGCGGACGUGUCGACGCCUCUCGAAACAGUUGAUGACAAGUGUUUUGCCAUCCGCUUGAAAGGAGAACUUGCAGAUGUCUACUGCGCCAAGUCAGAACUGAAGCGAAAUGUGCGGACCGGACGUAGCGGAGAAUUAUUUGUUCCUCGGCAGGGAUAUUGCAGAAAUGGCGGCAUGUACGAGGCGCAAGCGGAGCAGAAAGAAAUCCCUCUUAACGAUGAAAGAGUACCUAAAAAACGGAUAUGCAUACCGCACUAUGGGAACGGAAUAAGGGGGGUCCUCGCUUCUCCUUAUCGAGCGCGCCCAGGUCAAUCGCGCAGCAGAAUACAAUAUGCAAUUAAGCAGACGGACUACUGCGUUCUCCGGCACACAGGGAGGAAACGCACUGUCACACCGGAUUUUACGCAAGCUAUUGGCAAGACGCACGCAGGAGGUUCACAAUCGUCCCUGGGAAACUACGAUACUACAGCGCACGACCACGUCGCAGCCUAUGGGCGUUCGAGUGAAUCCACAAGUCUUCUCCGCGUGUGGAAACGCGAGCAUUGCCGACUUCAUCUGGAGAUGCACCGUUUUAAGGAGCCAGGCACGCUGACUGCUCGCGUUCUCCGCUCACAGCCUUUGAAUUCGUCCGGGCUGAAACGUAAAGCGCCGACUGACUACAGUUCUCCUCCUACAAACCUACGUCGAACCAGACUGUCCGACGUCAGUUCUUUCCUUCGAUGCUCGGCCGCGUUAUCGCUCCAUGGAUCUCUGUUUACUGGAAGCAUGGAGCUGCCGCAUUGCUGCGCCAACUCGCGUUCGCGGGUGUUUCGUGAGCGGAGAAGAAAAGAACCUGGCUAUCACAAGAAAGCCCUGCACCUUCUGCGUCGGCGCAGACCGUUAGCAAUCCGUUUUGUCGGUCGUGUGUACUUCAUUACUCCUGGAAGUCAACAGUUUCAGCAGCCGCUCCGAUUGUUGCUGAUGGAGUCCACAUCUGACUUUCCUCAGACGGCAUCAACAGAUCAUCUGCGUCAAGAACUGCUGUUCGAUUUUCCGGAAACGACAAGCAGAGAACUUUUCUUCUCCGGGGCGUGGGCGGAAGCGCUGAACUUUGUCGAUCUCGACGACGUGUUGACGUUCACGUGCACAACGCCAACGUGGCUCCCUGCUGAGAAAAUGCGAGCCGUCUACUCCCGGUCGAAGGUGUGGUUCUCGGAAGAGCAUGACAUGCGUUUGGAGGUGGAGGUUCACCGUUUCCUGCGUGGCAGCGGAACAGUGGUGUCAACUCGAGUGGACAUAGCGUCUGCAAGCCUUUUUUCCUUGGGUGCCUCCUGUACAGCUAAUAGCAAGCAGAAGGACAGCUGGGCUCAUCCUACAUGGAAAGUGGAAUCCUGGGGAGCUUUUCAAGACGUGUUGGCGUCUGAGCGGACAUGGGGCACGGAUACGGGGAGAGAAGAGGAGGCACAAGGAAAAGACUCUAGAGUAUCGACUCAUAAGCUCACGACUGAGCCGGCAUAUAUUUCGGCGAAGGCGACGCCGUCCCAGUUACAAGCGUCUGCUGUAAAGCGCCAGCAGCUGGCGAAUGAACACACGCCUCGACUACGAGAACCAGUGAUUCAUCUGCAAGGUAAGCGUAAGAGCCGCCACAGGAACGAAAAUAUCCCGAAACGCUGUCAUAGUAGGAUAAUACAGCCCUCGCCGCGGGCUGCUCGCAUUCUCCGCCGGAUGAUCGCAAGAGGCGUCUACAACUCCGCCCGUCCUCGCGUACGCCUGAGCCAACCGGCUGAGAACCAGUCAUGCGUUCGCUGCCACGAGCUGAGGCGGCCUAGGUCCGUGCGUAUUCUCCCCCGAAUGGUUGCAGGGAGCGCCUAUCAUUCCGCCAGUCGUCGCGCCCGUCUAAUAAAACCCAUUGAGGGUCAGCUUUGCGGCAGCUAUACUAAGUUGAUGCGACCUACGACCCCGCGUAUUCUCCGCCGGCUGGUUGCAAGAGGCGCCUGUCAUACGGCCGGUCCUCGCGCGCGCCCGAUAAAACCCACUGAGAGUCAGCUGUGCGGUCGCUAUUCAAGAUUGGUGCGACGUACGGCCGGUCGUAUCCUCCCCCAGACGACUGCAAGAAGCGCCUAUCAAUCGGCUACUCCUGGCGCACGCUUUCUGAAACCCCCCGAGAGCCAGCAAUGUGUCCGACAUACAAGUUUCGUGCGGUCAAAGGCAUGUCCACCACGCCCGUCAUCGUCUGGCAAAACUGAAUCAGCUACUCCACUAGAACAUCAAGAGCCAGCCAAUAAGUCACAAAAGCAGAAGUACUUCCGCCAUCUUCUUAUGGGGAGAAGGCACCAGAUGCUCGACGCGCCCGUCUGGGAGGUGACUAGGGCGUGGAGAUCGGACUGCUUUCGUAGGGAGACUGGUACUGGGCCGUCUUCGAGCCACAGAGUACCCGACAUUUCCGCUACAUCUAAGUCCUACCCAACCCGGGAGCGUUUGAGAGUCUCUCGUGCUCGCGUGGGCGGUGGAAUCAGACGACGUCGGCUUAUCAUAUGUGCGAGGAGGAUACGCGGCGAGAGGGACACCCGUCCGGCGUUCAUUCGGCGAAGGAAAGCCAGGGGACUCGUCAGGGGCGCAGACACGAACAGCGACGGAACAACCAGAGGCCGCCACGCUGAAGUGCACACCAAGUGCAUAUCGGUGGAGGAGAAUAGAGCGACUCUCAGCAAGCUCAGAAACACUCUAUGGGUGGACGGAUGCAGAGCCGAACAGAGGAGGUGCGUGCCGCGGCACUUCCUCCGCUCCGGACCCCCCUCCUCUCUGCGUUCCUCGGACAAUCCAGGAGCUCUUGAGCGUGACAGGGUCGCUGCUACCAGCGGGAGGAGCACUACGCCAGAUCUUCAUGACAGAGGGGUGGAAAUCCCCGCUCGUAAUUCUCCGCUGUCUUCCUCGACAUCAGUAGCAGAUCUCAGUACACAGCGCCACAGCGAGCUGGAGAUCCCGGCAGAGUUCGAUGAAUCCCCUUUUUGUCUCGGCUUCUCCCUACGAGGUCUGAGCGACUGCGAUACGCCGCCUAGUAAGUGA